AUGGGAGAUCCUGCUCUCAACAGAGACUGUCCUCUUGACUGCAAGAUUUAUGUUGGAAAUCUGGGAAACAAUGGAAACAAGACUGAACUCGAGAGGACCUUUGGGUACUAUGGUCCUUUGAGAAGUGUGUGGGUUGCUAGGAAUCCACCUGGCUUUGCAUUUGUAGAGUUUGAAGAUCCCAGAGAUGCAUCAGAUGCUGUGCGGGAACUUGAUGGAAGGAACAUGUGCGGCUGCCGUGUGCGUGUUGAGUUGUCCACGGGAGAGAAGCGUUCAAGAAGUCGUGGUCCGCCUCCGUCCCGCGGCCGCCGGGAUGAUUUCAGAGGGCGUAGUCCUCCAGUCAGGCGGCGAUCACCAAGGAGGAGGAGUGGCAGCCGAAGCCGCAGUCGUUCUGUGUCACGAGAUAGACGUCGAUAUCGUUCCCUCUCCAGGGAAAAGGCCCGCAAGCGCUCAAGGUCUCUCUCCAGGUCCAGGAGUCGUUCCAGUCUCGAGUUGAGCCCUAACUUUAAAGAGACACUACAGAGUCCUGACCAGAGACUGACGCGCAGCGCACAGAGCACGGGGGAAGAAGCCUGA